GCCUUCCAUAAUAUCGCAGAAGCACAAGGAAUCGUUUGCUUAUUUUAACGAUAAAAAACAUAUCAAAGGUACGAAGAAGCGUGAAGCUAGCGAAGAAAUUAAAUUCGAUCAACAGCUAAUAAAGUUGGUUAAUAGAUAUGGAAUUUAUAGAUAAACCGAACUCCUGGAUUCCCGCCUAUGGUUUUUUAAUACAACAGCAUCAGCCCAAAGAGAGUUCAAACGACUCAAUGGGAUUGCAACAGAUAGAUUUUCUUGAGACAAUAAUUGAAGAGAAUUCUGACGAUCUUCUGACUGAUACCUCGUGGGUGGAUUCCGAAACCGAUGAGCACAUCGCAGUUGACAAAUUAAACCAUGCAAGUGGUCCAUCGUCGUCGUCUUCCUCCAAGAGUUCCUUAUUGCAAUUCGAGAAGUUGGAACGUACGUGCUACAGUUACGACUCGCUUCAAUUCAACAAUAGAAUACGCCACAGGAGAGACACGAGUCACAGAAAAAGGCUCGAUCGUCCUAUUUCGUAUCUGCGAGACAGCCUCUCGCCGGACAGUCUCGAGCAGGACGACAUCGGUGGCUUGAAAAAAUUCCGGGCUUAUCACAGCUAUGAGAGUUUGAACGAUCCUAAUCUCUUCUCGAGCUGGAGCAAUCAGGACAGACAAUCGUUUUUCGGCGAAGCUUCAAAUUAUGCCAAAAAUUGCGACCUAUCCAGAGAUCCGUGGCACUUGAACGAGAUCGACGACUACUCGACCGACGCGUCCAGGUCGAGCCUCUCGGACUCGUCCACCAGCCCGCCCUAUUCCGUCGCGUCCUUCUCCGACGAGAACGAGAACGAGAACGAGGAGGAGCACUCGGUGCUGGUGUUCGGCGAGCCGACGGCGGCCACCCACAAGAACGCCCCGGUCUCGCGUAGCAGCCACGAUCUGCGUGACUUCGGCCUGACGGACACGAAGGACGAGGAGGCGCGUCGACGCGAGUCGACCUUUCGCCGCCUCAAAUCGUCCAAGACUAGCGCGAGCGACGCAACGUGCUUCGGCGACGUCGACCCAGCGGAAAAUGCGGGGGUGGUGGCGGCGUUGGCGCGGGAGGAGAACGGGGAGGGGGAGAAGGACUUCGAUAUCGAUCCGAGCGUGCAGCUGCGUACGACGAGCACCAGGCAUCACCAUCAUCAUCAUCAUCCAACGUCAACUCUGUAA